AUGAUUAAUCCUCACUUCCUUAUUCGCUUCUUGCUCUUUCUUCCACUCUUUUUUAUUUACCUCCUUCUCCUUCCACCCCUAUUUACUUCCUCCUGCCUUCCUUUCUUAUUUGCCUCCUCCUCCUUGCUCCUUAUCUUAUUUGCCUCCUCUUCUUUCUUGUUCUUUCUCUUAUUUGAACCUCUGCCUUUUUCCUUCCUCUCUUAUAUGCCUCCUUAUAUUCCUCCCUUUCUCCCUUAUUUGCUUUAUUUUCCUUCCUCUCUUUAUUAUAUACCUCCUCACCCUCCUUACUCCCUCUUCUAUUUACCUCUUCAUCCUCUUUCUUCCCCCCUUAAUCCCUCUUUCUAUUUAUUACCUUACCUUCCUUCCUGUCUUAUAUUCUCUUGUGUGACUUUUUCUUUCUCCCUUUUUGUACGUCUUCUUUUUCUCCUCCUUCCUACUACAUCUUUCUGCCUCUGCCUUCUUCCCAUGUCUCAUUUGUCACUUGCCUUUAUUUCUACUUCCUGCUUCCUUCCUUGA